CCCUUUUUCUAGUCCAUUCUCACUUUCUCGGUUCUCCAUUGAGCAAAGACCAGAGAGAGAACAUGGAGUCAAGAAGCUCUGGCUCUGCAAUCUCAAUUCCAAGCUCUUCCUCUAGCCGACCUCCCAAACGACUAUUAUUCGACCGCCGUUACGGUUGGGUAAUCGACGAAUGGAAAGACCCAUCGGAAGAAGCUCUAGCCGGCGGCAGAGGAAUGUUUUGCAUACUUCCUCUAGCAAAAGCGUUGUUGAAGAUGGCUUCCCAGUCGAUUAAUGUUGCAGCAAACUUAGCAGUAAAGGCUCUUGAAAGGCCUGACCUGUUUUCACCUCAGGUACUGCAAGCUGGUUUAAAUGAUCAACUUCACAAAUUGAAGUCCUCUGUGCGAAAACCUGAUAUCAACAAUUUCUUCCUGAAAGGAAAUUCCUCAUCGCAGGAAGCAUAAACGUAGGAGAAGCAGUGAAUCACUGAUGGCUUGAAGAGUUGGAGUAACCUUCUUUCUCUUAUUUCAAGUUGUACGCUUUAGAGUUGGGGUAACCUUCAUAUCAGCUCUUGUAGGCUUGGUACCGUCCUUGACCCUUGUGGUUUAUGUUAGUUUGAAAGGCUCAACCAUUCUAUUGGUUGAACGAAGUUUGUAAUUUUCUCUGACGAAUACAUUCACCACACAAUUUUUGGUCAAUGAAAGUUCUACGAAGGAAAUUUUCAAGAA